AUGAAAAAUAAAAAUGAAAGAACUGCCCACUCCCACUUAUUCCUAUUUUUGAUGUCAUCAACCGGAGCAAUUAUCGGGAAGAAUAUAAGGAAUUUUGCAUUUAAUUGUUUUACAAAAUUUGCUUACAGCAACAAGUACUUAACAAGAGCAAUAAACAGACACUUUUCCAAAAUGUCGGAUGAAGAAGAAAAAGCCCUUGCUGCUGCAGGAAAAGAUGAGAAUGGUGAUUCGAUUUUUGGAAAAAUUGCAAGGAAGGAAGUCAAAGUAGACCUUGUGUACGAAGACGAUAAGGUUCUUGCCUUUAACGACAUUAACCCACAAGCCCCAGUUCACAUCCUUGUGAUUCCAAAAAUGAGAGAUGGAUUAACUAGACUGAGCAAAGCAGAGGAGAGACACAAAGAUAUUCUAGGUCAUAUGAUGUGGGCGGUUUCUGAAAUUGUGAGGAAAAAUGAAUUGGGUGACUUUCGUCUGGUAGUGAACAAUGGACCCGAGGCUUGCCAAUCUGUCUAUUAUCUCCAUUUGCAUAUCUUAGCGAAGAGACAAAUGAAAUGGCCCCCAGGAUGA